AUGGCGGACGGAGGGUUAAAAGACUGCGUGAAAAUUAACACAGAGGCGCAAUUUCUAAAUGACGCAAAUUGCAACGAGAAAAGGUCCUUCAUCUGCAAAUGCAGUGAGGGUGAGUGUGUGUUAUUUAUUAAACGGGUACUACGCUGAGUGUGUAUUAGUACUAUGCUGAGUGUGAGUGUGUUAUUUAUUGAACAGGUACUGCGCUAAGUGAGAGUGUGUGUUAGUACUACGCUAGGUGUAAGUGUUAGUACUAUGUUGAGUGUGAGUGUGUUAUUUAUUAAACCGGUAUUAAGCUGAGUUUUAGUGUGUAUUAGUACUACGCUGAGUGUGAGUGUGUGUUAUAUAUUGAAUAGAAUUCAACGUGAAUUUCAAAUUUAAGGUUAAAAUAGCUGAUGUUCUGCUAUUUUGGCCUUAAAUUCACUCUGAAUUCUCGCUUUAGUAAACAGCCCUGAUAGAGUAUUAAGAGAUUAGCCCCAUUGUACAGCGCUACUGAACCUGCUGGCGCUAUAUAGAUAAUUAAAUAAUGAUAAUAGCGUCUGUUCUUGUCUCCCUAGACACGGAAUGGUUUGAAGAGACGGCAGACCGCGGAUUACCUGGCGAUCUCUCUACCUUGUUACCGUCUGAGACAGACCUCAGCAGCGCUAAAGCAACCUGCUUGCGCCAAAAAACCUGGUGCUUCACGAUUUUAAGAAAUGGGACGCAGUUCUAUUUGGUCACCAGCAGUGCGGCGCUGCAAUCCAGCAGUGGUGUAACAGCUUACAAAGCAAAUAGUGAGAAACAGCUAUCUUUCAUAACAACUGACUCAUAUUGA